AUGCCACCGAUAAACAUCGAUCAAUCAAAUAAACUACGGGAAUAUCAGUCUAUUUUUCAACAUUAUGGUUUGGAACGAUCAAUGCACUCGUAUUCUGAUGAUGAACUUACUAAACGAGUUAAUAAUCAUCUGUAUGAUAAGAACGAAAUACUAGAGAGAAAUGCGAGUAAUAAGAAAACUACUAACGCAAAAACUGUUUCUAAACCAUCACGAACACCAGCUUCCGCGAGAUCAAAUAGAAGCAAAUCCGUUUCAAAACAAGCUAGAUCAAGUGAUCAGGGAAGUGUUGUUAGAAUUGUCGUUCCCUCAGCUGCUAAAGCACGCAAAACAAAAUACAGUAGUAAAAAUAUUCCCAAGCAACAACAAAGACCUCAAAAUCUGUCGAGUCCAAAAGUAGCACCACAUACACCAUUACAUUCGACUUCUUCAACAACGAGUACAUCCAUACAAAAACUACCUAGAUUCCAGUCAGAUAUUGCGAAAACAGUUUCAAGUUCGCCCGAUCCUAUAGGAUUCAAUCCAAUGAAGAACCUGUCGAACCUUGAUUUAGAUGAAAUCAACAUGUUUGUUCGAAAUAUGUUCAAUAAUCGCAUUGAUUCGACAGAUAACUCAAGGCAUUAUCGUCCUUCUCGGAUUCCGUUAAUUUGUCCUGAUGAUUCUGAUGGUCAUUUAGCAGAAUACAUCAAAACACGAAAUCAUUGCUUGGAUCUUCUUGAACAAUAUGUUAAUAAUAUCAAACGACAACACGGUCUCGUUCGAAAUGCUUCCUCUGAUCCACCUAUUUUUGAUCCUGGAAUAAGCAUUACCGGUCCACAUAUUAAAAAAGAUGCAGCUAUCGUUGAAAGAGAAGAUUCGAAAAUGAUAAAGAAAGUAAACGAUACUGAACCGAGAAAAAAAUAUGCUUUAAUUCAUGAAAGUAUGGGAAUAUUUAUCAUUGGUGGAUAUAUUCUGUAUGUUAAUGGUCCCAUUCAAAAAGAACCGACUACAGAUUAUUUGUUCAAAUUUACCGGAGAAACUGUCAAAAUUCCACCUUUAACUCCAUGUCGAGUUCAUUUUGGAGUUUACGCAGAUACAAGUGGAAUUUAUAUUGCUGGUGGUCAGACAAUAAAUAAUGAAUUACUCGAUGAUAUUCAACGAUUGAAUUUGCAAACAUUAAAAUGGGAACACAUUGCAAAACUAAUGAAUCCAAUCGCUGCAUGUGGUAUGACACUGGAUGGUAGACGAAUCUACCUUGUUGGUGGCUAUGAUAUUGUACAAGGACAAACUGUUUUAUUGUCUGAUUUCACUGUAUUUAAUCUAUCAUCUAAUGAUUUUGAAAGAUCGAACGAUCUUCCAACACCUCGUUGUCGGAGUUUAGUAUUUUCGACAAAUCGUGCUGUUUUCUGUGUCUCAGGUCUAGUUCAAAAGCACGAUGAGAAUGGAAAUAAAACCAUGCAAAUAUGUCACGAUAUUCUGAGAUGGUCGCUCGAUACACCAAGCUGGACGAAAAUCUCUGAAACACCAGUCUUAACUAAAUACCAUGCACUAUCUUUUAAUGAACCUUACCUCGAAGUAACAAAACGAACUCUCCAUAAACACUCUGAUUCAGCUGGUGCAACAGCAGAAUCAUAUUACGAUUUUCGAACAAAUGUUUGGACAAACGGCAGAGCACCAGUCCCAACGGAAUCGCCUCCUUCACGCUCAACCACAACGCCUAAAAAAUCGAAACAACCCUCGAAAUCGAAAACACCCGCCAAAACUCCAUCUAAAACCAGAGUGAAAAAAUCACCAUCAAAAAAAUAA